UGCCGCUUCCUCCGCUCCGGAGCCUGCCCCGCGGCGGGGCCCGACUGGUAGGGCCGCGGGGCCCGGCCCUGAGCGGGGAGACCUGGGCCCGGCGGGCCUGGCCGCGCUCGGGCCCGGGCCCGGGCCCCGCCGAGGGGGGGCGGUGGUGGGCCCUGGCAGGGGCGUGGGGCCUGUCGGGGAUGAGUACUUGGAGGGAGGUCACAGGAGUCCCGCGCCCCUUAUUUCUCGGAGCACCUUUAUUUCUGAGCUUGGACACCGCGGCGAAGAGGGUUACCCAAGAGGCUAACUCCCCUUCUCCAGAGAUGGAGAGGCGGCUCAGCGCCCCCCAAAUGAACCGUCACGCUGCUCCCCUCCGCGCCGUCGUGCCCUGCCCCACGGCGUGGACCCCCAGGGGGGUCGAGUCCCCAGGCCGCUGCUCUGGCGGGGCACAUCUCUCCCGGCGGAGGGUGGCACGGCCCGUGGCAGCGGGCGGCUGCUGAGCAUGCUGCUGGGCGAAUUGCAGCCGCUCGGCUAAGUCAGGCGGCAGCUCCUUUGAAAUCCUCCCCGCAAACCUCCUAAUGAGACACGGUAAUUGCAUAAGUCGGUUGGCUGUCGAUGGCUCGUUACAGAGCGGGAGCUCCUGUUUACAUGCAGUGUCCGUAGUUAUGCAACGUGGCGGUGUCUGUGGGUGUCCCACUCUGCUGAGAGCACGGCAAAGCUCCGAUGGAGGCCACCAGCCCUGCUCGAGGCUGCCAUGCAAUGCCAGGAAUCCCUCGCCUUUACCACAGCAGGAGUGACUUGUCCCAGCAAGCAUGCUGUAAUGAUCCUGUUGACGAGUUUAGGGUCCUGGGGGGGGGGGGGGGGGAUUGAGGAAGGCUUUCUUCUCGCUUCCUUGCCACUGGGAUUUGGUGGCAUGAACAUCUCUUUAGCAAUGUGACACAGCAACUGGGCUUGGCCCGCUUUCUGCAGGACCUCACACAGGUCGCUUGGCUUUUCGUGCCUCUUACCUGUGCGUUGGGCUGGGUUGGCGAAUGUCGCUGUCCUUCCUCCUCUUUGGUACUGUGAGGAUUAAUUAUGUUGAGUAAAGUGGAGUGGAAGAAGCUAAGUCACUGCAGUGUUUAGGGUUUCAAUAUGACAGUGCAUGUCCAUUGGGAAACGCUUGCAAUCAGUAGGUGAUGCCAUUAGAGAAAUCAAGAGCUACUGAGAGUAAGUACAGAUUGUGCAAGUGUUCAGACGCUUGGUUACUUUUUCAGUACUUGGUUUUUCAGUAGUGCCCACUAAUUUGGGGAUGUUUUCAUCUCUGGAUGCCCAGCUGGAGAUGGCUCAUAGAAGCUUAUGUUUGUGCAUACAGCUCUGCUGGAAGUCACGUACUGAAGUCACAACUUCCUCAGUUGCACCAGCAUAGCUGGACGCAAUGGCAGCAGGCAUCCCUGUAGCCCAGGUCUCAGCAUGGGAAAACCACUGGACUGUUUUCUUCAUGCCAAAACAUUGGGUGUCAGCCAUCACCACAUGGGAAAGCACCUUCCUCAAAUACUGCCAGGAGACUGAAUUCAUAAACAGUGCAGUAACAUGAAACCAUUGCACUUUAGAAACAGUUGGCUUUUGAGUGGCCAGUUGAGUGCAUUCACAAGUUCAUCACAAAGAGGAACUGGAGUUAGCCUGAUGGUUUUGUUAGCUCUCGUGUGCUGCUCACCUCACCAGUGCUGAUGCCAGCUGCAUUGUGCUUUUUUUUCUGUUGGCCUAAGAGAGAACAGAAAUCUCCCUAAGCUUUUUUUUAUUUAUUUAGUGGUACAGUGUUACAUGAUGCCCAAAGAGCUCUUUUCAGCACACCUUAGCUUUUCGGCUGCUGUAUAGGGAGCCACUUUAUUGGAUAAGAUUAAAUUUAUUGGACAUGAAAUCAGGCCAGCCAGUUGUUUGUGCCAAAGCAUGAAUUCUUGUGAGGAGAGAGGUCAUCAUUAUGUCUUUGUUUUGUAGCUGGUUUUAAUUGAACUUUUUCAUUUCAUAAUAAUUAAAUAGCAAGACUUGGCCAUUUGGCUAGCUGCUUUGCCUUGUGUUUGUCUUUUUUGGCGUGUUUUCCAAAAACUAGCACAAAUGCAAUGUUUGUUUUGUUGGCCAUGGAAAGAUUGACUGGAACAACCUGCAAUAUGAAGCUACAAUGCGGGAGGACAUCCCCGUGUUUUUAAGGCACUGGUAGUCAGUGCCUUUCUGUUUCCAUGCCAUGUUCUUCUCUCGCCCCAUAACAGCCCAGGAGGACAUUGUAAAUCCUGUUUGCACCACAAACAAGGCGAGGCAGCCUGAGCUGCCUCUGUGUGCCGCUGUCCUGCCUGUGUGAUGGCUACUCCUCUGGUUUCUCCUAGGGAGGCGUUCUCCAGCAGAAGAGGACUACCUACCUCUGCACUGCCCGGUGGUCUGUGGAGCAGGGUUGCGUUUCUGGGCAGCACUGUGCCUCCCACCCGUGGAGGAGCUUCCCUGAGACCCAGCUUCCCAGCAGGUUCCCCUUUGUAAAGGGCUGCAGGGUGAGUCCUGCCAUCUAAGCUCCUGCACUUGUUCUUCUGAAAAAGGGAGAGGUCUGAACCAAAUCUGUUCCCUCACCCAUGCAGUCCUUGUUAAAUCACCUGCACUAAAUGGGGCCUGUUCAGUAUUUGUACCAGCCUUCUUGACAGGGAAGCUCUUGAGGUUUCAUGCUUGAGGGCCUGAGCUUUCAGACCUCAUGGUAGUAGCUGGAGCAAUAUGAUAAAUAUUUGUGCUCCACUGAAAUAACGCUGAGGUACAAGUUACUGAACUUGACUGGUUGACCAAGUACAAAAAACCUUGUGGAUAGGUAUUGUCUUCCAUUUCUGGGUUCAUGUAGCCCUUUGCUCAGUGGGAGCCUGAGACUCUUGAAAUACUGAAAACUGUAUAAAGAUUAAAAAGAAGUGGCAUGGUGUGAACACCGUUUGGGAACAGUUAAUGACAUGCCCAGCCCAGCCACCAAGGCCAUGGCUGAGAACUGGCAAACCCAGAACUUCAUCUUAAUCACAGCACCUUGUAUCUUGCAACCACUCCCUUUGAUGAUUUAAAAAGGUGUAUCUAAUUCUUAGCUGGCCUUCACUGGAAAGGAAUGCAGCACGAUCGCAAUUUUGGUGUGGUAUAAUUACCCUGCCUUUCUUGCCCCAUUACCACUGACAUUGCUCUCCUCACGCCUGCAUUUAUAGGCUGACUUGUACAACUUCUGUGAUUUGUUUUGCUUUUUUAAUGACGUUGGUACGAAGAUGGGAGGUGUUUGCUGGUUUCAUGGAAGCUUCCUUUGGUUUCUGGGUGGUAAGGCACCGGAGUCCUGUUUUUUGUAAGACUUGGAGAAAGCUGAGUAAUACAAUAAGAGAGAAAGUCUGGGAAUAAGUUUGACUGAGUGGUUAGAGCCAAGUAUAUAAUAGUUCAGAGGAAUUACUCCUUUUCAGAAUUACAGCAGUAAAACUGCAGUGCUGAUAAACAAUUAUUUGGGUUGGGUGGGUUGUUUUGACCUUUGUAGCUUUGCCACUGCAAAUCAUCAGGCAGAGGUCUGGGAGACCAAACCCAGCCUUGCAUAAAUUUGCCCUGGGUGGGUGCCCAAGGCAGGUCUUGGGAGAGGACAGUGCUGACGACAUGUUGCAAGGGGCUGGAGAGCAGAGUGGAAGAUGUUGUACUUGCCUGCUUGCCGUGUGGCUUCAAAGUGUCCCGAGGAUGGAUUCCCUUGGCACUGUGUACUGAGUCUAAAGUGUGGGGUGCCAUGUACCUGUGGAAAUGUUCAUAAGCCUGCCCUCCCACGCUCACCCGUGGGAAAGACAAAUGACAGUUAUCGGUAUGGACAGUGCGGGGAGGGUGUUUAGCAUGCUUGUGUGCUUUCACAGGCUAGUGCUUUCACAUCUUCAUGGACGGAGGAUGGAAUCCAGGGCCAGGAGCAGCACCCCCCUCUUGACAUUUAUUUCAUAUGGCUUCCUUGCUUCUCGUUGCUUCCUGAAUUAUUCCGGUCUGAGUCUUGCCCUUAGGGAUUCAAGUUCUGACUGUGCAUGAAUCCAGUGGAGAAGUCAGUUUUCUGGGGCUCUCAGUAACAGAGAUUGUGUAAACUGGUGUUUAAGGAGAUGGUCUUGGUGAGUAAAUCAUUUGGUCGCACACAGAACUGCUGCACGUCUGGUGCAGAGCACAUGUGUGUCAGAAAUAUUUGUCUUGCGAUUGUUUGCUGGAGUCUGCACCAGGAACCAAGGGCAUGUACAUAAAGGCAUGUCACAUAAGGCAUUACUUGCUGGUUGAAGGCUGUUCAUGUUCGAAAUCUUUCAGCUCUUCCAGUCAUUUAUACAGAGAAUCAAUGUCCAAAUGCAUCAGAGGCUGGUCUUUCCUGCUGUGUCUUAUUUGGGACUUUGGUAUUAUCAUAUUUCAACAAUUUUAUCCUGAAUCUCAUAAUGUUGGUUCUUUUGUCUUUCAGUUUCAGUUCUGAGGUCUUUGUCAUUUCACAAAUACCUAGCUUUUAUUUUAUUCAAGCUUUUUUUUUUUAAAAAAGAGGCAGUUUCUAGCAAUUUGAGAAUUUGGCUACCUUCCUAAUGACUGAAAUCUAGCGGCAAAUAAAAAGGAUGGUUAUAUACAUAUAUUUAAAAAUCUUGUGAUUUUCAGUCCAACCUCAUGAUUUUAAAGGUGAAGAUUCAUGACCAUGGGGCAUCAUGCCUGCAACACAUCUACCAGAGGAUGUACAAAAAGACUGCUAAAGGGCUUUUACCCAUAAGUAUCAGCAUGUCAAAAGCUCUUCUUUCUACGUACAUUUUAAAUUAUUAGUGACUGCUGUUUAUCCUCUUUCUCCCUGUCCCCUAACAAGAAGUGGCCUUGCUAUUUUGGAAACAGAAAAGAUGCACUUGUAAUCCUCAUCGCAGUGGCCCAGGGAGACCUGCAGACAUACGUGAGACUGAUUGCAAAUGCCCCAGGCACGGACAUGGGGAAUCCAAGGAAAGCCACCCACCCCCCUGACCAAGGCACAGUGGCUUAGGGACCUCCUUGCUAAGCAGGUGGCAACACCACGUUGCUGCUGAUUGGAAACCCUGGCCACUGCUUCCCCACUAAACUGCUGACAGAGAAGUGAAGACCAUAGCUGCUGAGCACCAUAAGGCAGGACCGAGCACAGGAGAAGGCAGUGAAAACAGACACAAUGCGCAGUUCCCUGUGGCCACAAGAACUCAUCAUACAGCCACAUUUUUAGGGAAGUAUUUUUCUCCCUCUUAAAACUCUCUUGAACUUCACUAGGCUAUGCCUGUGCUUCAGGCUGGUCUAGGUUCUGCCAAUCAUCCUGGGGCAUGAUGGUCCUAGCAAGACCAGCCUUCAGACAUCCCAGGCCCUGGAGACCUGGGGGAAAGGCUGGAACAAAGAAGAGGUACCCUUAGUGCAAGAGGAUCUGGUAGGAUCAGGUGGAAGAGGAUGAGAUUAGAGAACACUUAAGCAAACUGGAAAUGCACAAGUCCCUGAUGGGUCCCGUUGGGGUGCACCCUCAAGUGCUGAGGGAGCUGGCAGAUGGCCUUGCGAGGCCACUCUAAAAGGGAGAUGUGCCUCAGGGCUGGAAGAAAACAAGCACCACAUGGGCUGAUGAGCAGUGCAGUGGAUGGAAAACUGGCUGCGCGGCUGGGCCCAGAGGGUGGUGACCAGCGACACCGAGUCUAGUUGGAGGCCAGGAGCCAGCAGUGAACCCCAAGGCAAGGACCACUGCCAGAAGGUGGAGGGAGGUGGUCCUUCCCCUCUGCUCUGUCCUGCUUUGGGGUCCCUGGUGCAAGGCAGGCAUAGCCAUACUGGAGAGAACCCCCACCCCAGUGCCCGCUCCAGGGCCCCCCCCCCCCCAGUUUCCAUUGGGGUCGAAACGUGGUUCAGUUGGAGCCCACAGCUAUCAGAGACAGCAGGACGGAGCUGUGCUGGCACAGAGGAGUGCUGGGGGGAGGCAGGAUCUGGCCGAGCAGCACUGAGCCGGCACCGGCACCUCGCUUCCCAUCCUCGCUGUCGCCAACUGGGCCGCAUCCCUGGUGGAUGGCGAGGGUCCUCCUGUCCCAGGCGGGAUGGGCCAGGCCAACUGCUGCUGCAGCUCCAGGGAGGCUCUCACCAAUGUCAAGCCAGUGCUGAGCACAAACAUGCAGUUGAGCCGGGGCCACAAGAGGAGCGAGAGGUGCCUUCUCCUCCUCCAGGAGGAACUGGUGCUCGCCAAGUUGCAAUGUGGCACCACCGUGUGCCCACAGCUCCACCUGGCCCUGGACCCACUGUGGGUGCUGAGCGGCAGGAAGGAGUCGGCAGGGGAGGAAAAAGAGGAGGAGGAGGAGGAAGGCAGUGAUAAGGACAGGACCUCCCUCAUGUUCGUCUGGCCUACCGGCUCCUGCAUUGCCAAUUUUGGUUCCUGGGCACUGAAGGAGCUGUGGAUGGGCACACUGCUGGGUGCACAGGACACUAGAAGGAGCCAAGAGAGCCCAGUGGAGGUCAUUCAGCGGCAGGAGCCUGGAGGGGCUGAUGGAGGGCCAGGCAAAGCAGGAGGGAGCAGCAGCACGAGGAAGAGGAGGGGGUUGCCCUGGCCCUUUGCUCUGCGUCGGACCCUGGCAGCUGCCCAGGUGCCAGGGCAGGCAAGCUCCGGCUGCAGCAGGACACUCUUUGGCCAGUCCCUGGCAGCCCUCUGCAGGGAGGCCGGCACACUGCCCCAUCCCAUCCAGGAGCUGCUGGCUGUCCUGCAGCAGGAAGGGCCUUUGACAGAGGGGAUAUUCCACAGAGCUGCCAGCAGGACAGCGUUUUGGGAGCUGUGGGAGGCCCUGGACCGUGAGGCAGACAUCGACCUGGGAAGCCAGCCUGUGCUGCUGCUGCUGGCCAUCAUCUUGAAGGUGAGUGCUUCUGACCUGCAGCUGGAGGAGCUCCGGGCUGGCCUGGAGUGUUCAAAGGCUCAGAUGGAGCCCUUGGCCUUGCAGGACUUCCUCCAAAGCAUCCCCUCCAAGCUCCUCGUGAACAACCUCUACAAGGACUGGGUAGCAGCCAUGCAGAAGACCAGCAGGGAGGAGAAGUUUGAAGAGCUGAAAGCGCAAGUGUGGGCAGCAGCCUGCCUGUUGAUCAGGAGCGCCGACCACUGCCUGAGAGCACCUGGAAAGCUGUGCAACACAGCUGCUGGCUCCCGCCUCCCUCGGGCAAGCCUGGGGAUGGCUGUGGGGCAACAUCUGGUUUAUUAACCUUGUGUUCCUGUUCCCUCACGGUGGCUGAGAAGUUGCCUGCAGCCAAUCUCCUCCUCCUGAAGUGGCUGCUGUCCCUCCUCCAUCAUAUCGGCCACAACACAGCUGCCAGCAAGAUGAGCUGCAGCAACCUGGCCGUCUGUGUUGGGCCUAAUCUGUUGAGCCCACCCAAUGAGGACCUGCUCCCACUGGAGGCCAUGCUGGAGGUCACUGAGAAGGUGAAGGUGCUGGUGGAGUUUCUGAUGGAGAACUGCAGGGAACUCUUUGGGGAGGAGACAACUGACUCUUUCUGACCAGCAGCCAAGGAGUCGCCAGCCAUUAUGGAGAGACCCAGAGAUCUGCAUUUGGACGAGCGAAACAUCCCUGCAGUCACAGCAGACACCAGGCAUCAAGCAGAAGCCUUGCCGCACAGCCCCCCCUCUCUGCUUGGUGUCCUCAAUGAAGCAGGGGGAGAUGGGGUGGUGGAGUCUGAAAUGGGAGAGACACCUCCAGCUUUGCCUCUGACCACCCCCGAGAGCGUGGCAGACUCCCUCGGGCACCCAGAAGAACUGGCGAGCUGUUCAGGGGAAAGAAGCUAAAAUGAGCUUGCUUUGGUUAAAAUCAGAACUGACUCCAGUGGGUCGUGGCUCUCCCUAAUUAAUACCACUGUGGGACGGAAAGGUUUGCAGGCUCUCCCCAGGACAAGGAAAACAGAAGAAACCAAAAAGAGAAAACAGGGCUGGGGAGAGGAGAGUGAAAGCUACGUGGAAAAGAAGAGGAGGAAGAGAAAAAGUUUUGGGGGAUUGACCAAUGAAAAGAUGCAGGAAGGUGCAGAAGGUCAGGAAGCCCAGGUGUGUACCAUGCUCUGCUGCCCAUCUUUCUCAACUCUCGACACUGCUCUAAGUCAGUCCAGCUCACUGACAGGGGACGGCGAGGGAUGGUGCUGUGCAGGGUUUGGAAAGAACUCCAGGGCAGCUCCCCAGGGGCUCCCGAUCAAGCCCUGCUGCGUGGCACCAGGGCACUGUGCAUCUCUGCACAUGCACAGGUCUCUAAGGGCAUUACCCAUGGGGAUAAGGCCCCAGAGCCAUUCCGUAGCCAAUGGCAGCAAUAGCUCUCUCUCCUGGGCCAUAAACAAUUCCUUGUAAAUAGUGUUCCCCAAGAAAGGGGAACAAAAUCCUGCCUCUUCCUGCCUUUAUGGAUUUAUCAGAGCUUUCUGACUGUCAUUGCAGGUGCUGGUUCAUUUUCACUGGCUGAACCGCUAUGACUGCUGCAUCCCCACAGUUCAUGUCCACAAUAAAAUGACCUUUUCUCUCUUC